AUGAAAAUAAACAACACCACUCUCUUCUUCUUCCUCAUAUCUCUCUUCUGUUUAUCGUCAGCUUCAUCGAACAAGCCCACGACUUCGAAUGGCUCCACUAUCUUGUUCUCGACGACAGGAAGACCCACUUUCGAAUUCGACAUCUUCACACUCCCAACAAACAAACGUCCACCAUCUCCAGCAGAUGAGCACCGUCUCACCGAUGGCAACUCCGUUAAUUUCAACGGCCAUUUCGCUUCUCCAUCUCCGGCUCUUAUCUCACUUCUACCCAAUAGUUCUCGUAUUCAACCACACGACUCGUCUCUUGUACAUCUCAUCUACGUUACCGAGAGAGACGGAACACCUAGCUUAAACUACGACGUCGUCCACAACGACAACUCCGGCUCAAGAGUUCACGUUCCAUUAUUCUCCGGCGAUGAACAACAUAGCGGCAUGGCAGUGAACUCGAUGAAAGAUACGCCUGUCUUGACUAACAAGCAUCUCGUCUACGUGUCGACACAUGAGAACCCGCGUAAACCAUUGGCUAGUUGGGCCGCCGUUUACUCGACCAAGCUACAAUCUAAGUCGACUCGGCGGUUGACACCACCUGGAAUCGCUGAUUUUUCUCCGGCGGUGUCUCCGUCUGGUAAAUGGACCGCCGUGGCUUCCUUCGGAGAGAAAGGCUGGGUCUUCAGCUUGGUUGAGAAUGCCACUGGUUCAUCAGACAUCUACGUUUUCCUGACACGUGAUGGAACUAAGCGAGUCAAGGUGGUCAAGCAAGGCGGGUGGCCAAGUUGGGUCAACGACUCAACUCUGUAUUUCCACCGGCAAUGCGACGACGGCUGGAUCAGCGUGUACCGAGCGAUUCUACCAAAAACCGGACCGGUUAACACCAAAUCGGUUAAGAUUAAACGCGUCACGCCACCGGGUAUUCACGCGUUCACACCAGCCGCGUCACCAAACAACAACGACUUCAUCGCUGUGGCCACGAGGAGGCCAGGAUCAGACAUCCGCCACGUGGAGCUUUUCGACUUGAAGAAGAACGAGUUCGUCGAGAUGACUCGUUUGGUAUCGCCGAAGAGUCAUCACUUUAACCCGUUUCUUUCCCAUGACUCGUCCCGAGUCGGAUACCAUACAUGCAGAGGCGACGCAACCGGACGUAAAACUCCUCGCAACCUCCUCCAGAAACUUAAAACCACUUCGGACGACCUCUCUCUGUUCAGAUUCGACGGUGCGUUCCCGACUAUCUCUCCCGAAGGUGAUCGGUUCGCGUUCAUCUCUUCCACAGAAGGCUUUAGCAUUGUGAAUUCAGACGGCUCAGGUCUACGCGAGGUGCUUCCUCAGGGGUUUGGAACAGUUUGGGAUCCAGUUCGACGUGGCAUCGUCUACACAAGCGCAGGUCCCAUUAUACCACCAGGGAGAUUUCUAGUCGAUGUUAUCGCCGUUAACGUCGAUGCAACAAACCCGUCAACCGCCGUUAAAAAACUAACGAAUAACGGCGAGAACAACGCGUUUCCAUGGCCAUCACCUGACGGUAAAAGGAUCGUCUUCCGUUCUGCUCGGUCCGGUGCUAAAAACAUUUACAUAAUCGACGCGGAGAAAGGUGAAUCCGGUGGUUUGUUCCGGUUAACGAAUGGAAACUGGAACGAUUCGAUACCUACUUGGUCACCAGAUGGUAAUUGGAUUGUGUUUUCAUCGAACCGAGAAUUUCCCGGUACGUUUUUAGAUAAUUUGUAUGUGGUUCACCCGGAUGGAACCGGUUUAAGGAAGCUGGCGCAGAACUUGACCGGUGGGCUAUCGAUGCAUUCGACGUUUAGUCCCGACAGUAAGAGAAUCGUGUUUACUACCACUUAUGCUGGAAUCUCGGCUGAGCCCAUCGGAGUACCGCAUUUCUUCAUCGCGGGUGGUGAGAUCUUCACGGUGAAUUUGGACGGUUCUGAUCUGACGAGGCUUACCCACAAUUCCGUGGAAGAUGGACCACCCAUGUGGUUCCCUAAGAUCAAAGCUACUGUUGAUGUCGCCUGGCCUACGAGGUUUGGUCCUAGUUGCUCUAUCCAAGAUUUCAAGACGUAAACGUGAAAAUGACAAUGGAUAAGCAAGCGCGCAACAAUUCGAAUGUGUGUUAUCCCGUCGCAAUUAUUUGUUGUUAGUUGUUAUGUUCAACUUUGCUCUUCGGAUUAUGUUAUUUUCUAACAUUUCCAUUAUUUU